AUCAUAACCCCAAUGACAUCAUCAGGGUUCUGAUUUAUUUGUUUAUUUUUCAAACUCUGGAAAGUUCACUCCAGAUCUACAAAACACAUCAUACAACGAGCAAAGUGAUGUGUAAAAGAUGACAGCAGAGCAGACAGAGUUUUAGCAGCGUUUCUUAUGAAAAUGUUCGCUUGUUUACUUUAGUGAAUGCCAGUGAAGAGGAGGCAGACUCACAUGAUGAAGAGCUACAUCAUCACAAAGGCCUGCUGUGCAGCUUUUCACAGGUGUGGACUGGACGCCUGUGUGAGACGGUGAGCUGUGCUUGUGGCCAGACGAGACGAGACCUUUAAGUACAUACCUUUGGAUUUCUCGGUCACGUGGCCCGGUAUCUACAAACCUGCCUUCUCCCAGCCGGCCGAUCCGCUCUCACCAUUGACUAAAACAAAAACAAAAAGCAAAAAGGAUGGCAGAGGCUCCCAUGUCAUGUGAUUGUUUUGUCUCCUUGCCCCCCGGCUCUCGCGAUGACCAUGUGAUUUUUGGGAAGAACUCCGACCGUCCCCGGGAUGAGGUGCAGGAGGUGGCCCACUACCCCGCAGCAUCUCACCCUUUAGGCUCCAUGCUGGAGUGCACAUACAUCCAGAUCCCUCAGGUGGAGCAGACUCAUGCCGUCAUUCUCAGCAAGCCUGCCUGGAUGUGGGGCGCUGAAAUGGGGGCCAAUGACCAGGGGGUCUGUAUUGGGAAUGAGGCUGUCUGGACCAGAGAGCCUGUCGCUCCAGGAGAGGCUCUGCUGGGCAUGGACCUCGUCCGAUUGGCGUUGGAGCGAGGGGACAGUGCCUGGGCGGCGUUGACAGUGAUCACUGGCCUCCUGGAGCAGCAUGGUCAGGGGGGGCAGUGCAGGGAGGACCCUGAGCCCUUCAGCUACCACAACACUUUCCUCCUGGUGGACCGCAACGAGGCUUGGGUACUGGAAACUGCCGGAAGGCUGUGGGUGGCACAGAAGAUCACGGAGGGUGUGAAGAACAUCUCUAACCAGCUGACCAUUGGUACUGAGGUCUCAGCAGAGCACCCGGAGCUGCGGAGCAUGGCCCAGGCUCAGGGCUGGUGGGAUGGUGAAGGAGAGUUCAACUUCUCUGAGGUGUUCAGCCCCGAGAACCCACCUGCUAGGAUGGAGCUUGCCAAAAAACGCUACAAGGGAGGCACAGAGCUACUCCAGCAACAUGAUGGCUCAGUGACGGCAGAGGUGAUGAUGUCCAUUCUGAGGAACAAGCCCAGUGGCAUCUGCAUGGAUUCUGGAGGUUUCUGCACCACAGGCAGCAUGGUGUCUAUCCUGCCCAGAGAUACCAGCCUGCCCUGCAUCCACUUCUUCACUGCCACACCAGACCCCUCAAGGUCUGUAUUCAAGCCUUUUGUCUUCUCGGACUGUUCCACCCCAGUACCGAGGGUGGUCUCUCCACAGUUUGGCCCAGAAGACCCCGUCAGGAAGCAGCCUCGCUUUCAGAGCCAGGUGGACCGCAGACAUGACCUGUACAAGGCCCACCAGGAGGCGCUUAUCACCAUGGAGACCAACCCGGGUUUAACUACCUAUGAUAUUCUGAGAGAGCUGGAGUCGCAGUGUCUGACCGAGAUUUCAGCCAUGCUGAGUGGGGAGAUACCAGGAGAAGAACUGGGGGACUUGUUUUUCGAUAGUGUGGACACAGAGAUUAAGUUCUACCAAUGAGGAGUGCCCUCAGGUGGACAUCCCUAGCACUCGCACAGUUGCAGGAGAAGGCCCUGGGACUGAUUUUAAAAACUUUGUGUUCCUCGUCUGAUGGGCCUCCGACUUGCUCGCACAACACACAUCCCUGUCACCAUUCCAUCAUUAACACAGACUAAAUGUCUAAGCUGCACGUGUGAUUUGGGCAUAUUUAUCAUCUGUAUCACCCAGGGAGCAAUGGCUGCACCUCAUUAGUGAGUUUAAUGACGUAGACUACACAGGCGCCUAUGUAGAUCUGUGUUAAGUUGCACAAAUACUGUGAGUACGGCAUUUGUUUAACGUUUUGUUUGUUUUGUGGCAAAUCAAUGGGUUCUCACGUGAAGGCUACCUGUAGGGAAAGAUCUAAUAAAGAAUGUACAUAGUCUGUUCUGAGUAUGUUGUGAGCUUUCUGGUCACCCCAGUGCUGCGGGUGUAGGUAUUAGUAACGUUGAAGUGUGUUGGUUACAUUUGCAUAUGCAUAUUUUCCUCUCCAUUUCAGCCCUCAGUCAAAACUAAAAUCUUGAAAAACGCCAGCUUGGUGUUUCAGUGUGUACGGGUUAAACAUAGCUUUAUCAUAACGAUGACAUGCCCAGUGAGGGUCAGUGUGUCAGUAACAGAACAAUCUUUAGUCGUCUCUAACUUUCUCUGUGAUCGUUCAUUUUAAAUGCCAAUAAAGUCGAUUACACAGCA